AUGAUGUUUUAUUCUAUUGCCUUGGUUCUUCUUCUUCAUUUUAUUUCAUCGUCAUCAUCCGUUCGAGUCCCGUUAACCGGUAACGAUUGGUCAAUAGAUGACAAUGCUAAUCACACAGCACAAGGACAAGUGCCCGGUACCAUUCAUACUAUUCUCUUAGCUGCCAAGAAAAUUCCGGAUCCCUACAUGGACUUCAACGAUGUUGACCUACGUUUUCUAAUUCAUAAUAAAUGGGUAUUUACAAAAAGCUUCAACCUCUCUGCCGACUUCCUCGCUUUCAAUGAUACUUAUCUUCAUCUUCAACAAAUUGAUACAGUUGCGAAUGUAACUAUCAAUGGUUGUCCCAUAGGUCGAACUGACAACAUGUUUCUUGCAUAUGUCUUUACCGUUCCGAAUACGUGUUUGAAAACAGAAAAUGUGAUCCAAGUUCAUUUUCAUUCGCCAGUUGUAUAUGCGCUGGAGCAAUCAAUAAUUUAUAAUCGAACUGUGCAACCGCUUUGCCCAGCUAAGGCUCAACAGGGUGAAUGUCAUGUGCAAUUUAUUCGAAAAGAACCAUGUUCAUUCAGUUGGGAUUGGGGUCCAGCUUUUGCUCCGAUUGGUAUCACUGGCGAUAUUUACCUUGAAGCCAUCAAUGCCAGUGACAUUAUUAUCGAACUCGAAAGUGUAAAUAUCGCUUCGUUUGAUGUGGCAAAUAAAAACUGGCUCGUCGAUGUGAUUUUAAGCAGUAACAACGCUCCAUUUUCAAGUACAUUGAAAUUCGUCUUAGAAAACACGACAUGGACGUACGAAAUUGUUGUCCCAUUUAAUCGUAGUGUCACACUUCAAAUCAAAAUUCCCGACGCUCAAGUUGCACGUUGGUGGCCAAAUGGUUACGGUGAUCAAGUUUUAUAUCGACUUUCAGUUUCUAACAAAGGCACGACGAUUGAUUCUCGUUUGAUCGGUUUCCGUACAGUUGAGUUAGUUCAACAUGAAUACGGUUCAGGAAUCAAUGGCACAUCAUUUUAUUUCGCAAUUAAUUCCAAACCAAUCUUCAUCAAAGGAAGCAACUGGAUACCAUCGGAUGUAUUUCAAGAACGUGUUAGUGACGAAAAACUAGAACGUCUUCUUCAAUCAGCACAACUGGCGCAUAUGAAUAUGUUGCGCAUAUGGGGUGGCGGUAUUUAUGAACGCGAUUCAUUCUAUGAAAUGACAGAUCGAUUAGGUAUUAUGCUUUGGCAUGAUUUCAUGUUUGCAUGCAGUUUGUAUCCAGUUGAUGACGCAUUUCUAUCCAAUGUUCACGAUGAAGUUAUUUACCAAGUAAAACGUCUUCAAUCACAUCCAUCAAUCGUUAUCUGGGCUGGAAACAAUGAGAAUGAAGCGGCAGUUGCUCAGAAUUGGUAUCAAAUACCAGCAGAUCAAAUGAAUAGAACAAAAGACGAAUAUCGAAAGUUAUAUAUUGAUACAGUGAUGACGGCUCUACUUGAAGUAGAUAAAGGUACGAACCGGCCGUUUGUUUCUUCAUCACCAUCGAAUGGACUUGGCUCAAUUCGAGAAAAUUACAUUGCUACCAAUCCUCAAGAUCCACUUCAAGGUGAUGUGCACUUCUAUGGUUAUCAAGAUGAUUCAUGGAAUCCCAAUACUUAUCCGAUAACUCGUUUUCUUUCGGAAACAGGUAUUCAAUCGUUGCCAAGUUUAGAUACAUGGUUUGAAACAACGAAUAAUCAAUCUGAGUUAACUUUCAACAGUUCAUUCAUUCUACAUCGAGAACAUUCAGAAAAUCAAAUAGAAGCUAUGAUGACUCAUAUUCAAAGCAACCUUCCAUUACCAGUUACCAAUGAUUCCUUAAAACACUUUGGUCAAAUGAUUUAUCUGAGUCAAAUUCAUCAAGCAAUGACACUGAAAAGUAUCAGUGAUGUUUGUCGACUCCAUUCAUCCGUAGACAUGAUCGAUCCAAAGACUAGCGAAGGAAAUACAAUGGGUUUAAUGUACUGGCAAAUCAAUGAUAUUUGGCAAGCGCCAACAUGGGCCACCAUUGAAUAUGGAUUAAAAUGGAAAAUGGGUCAUUAUUUUGUUAAGCAUAUGUAUGCGCCAGUCUAUCCUAUUGCUACACUCACGCCUUAUUUAGCUAAUGUAACAGAUGAAUCAGCACGAAUUUUACUGUACAUUGUCAAUGAAUUGAGUACAAACGUACGUGGCACAUUAGUCUGCUCAGUCUAUGGAUUAGAUUCGUUUCUUCCUCGUUUAUCAUUCGGUAGUGAUGUAGCAAUGAACUCUUCAGGUACACAACGAGUAGCUGAUCUUCCGUAUGCACUGAUCUCAAGACGUGCGAAUUGUGGAGAUAACUCACAAUGUAUCAUGCAUUGCACCUUCAAUUACAAUGAACAAUCUGUCAGACAGGUUUUACUCUUUAAUCGACCAAAAAAUUAUCAAUUAUCCGAUCCAAACUUGAAACUUCAAGCAGUCAAACCGAUUUCGCCAACGGAUUUUGAUAUUACCAUCACCGCUGAUCGACCUGCUCUAUUCGUAUGGAUUGAUAUUGUUGGCAAUGUGACCGGUUACUUUUCUCGCAAUGGACUUAUGAUGUUUGAACCAUCAGUGACCAUUCGUUUUCAUGCAUGGUCGAAUAUAACUGACUUUUCGCGAAUCAAUUUUGACUUGCGUCAUCUUUCUUUGUUUGACGUUACUUUACCAUAA